GUUUGCGCAGGCGUCGUGCCGGUAGUCUGGCUGGUUCUGGUGGCGGUGGCGCGGGUUUACAAUCUCCUGUCACUUGGACGGGGUUGAAGGAGGCGGAGUCCGGACGGUGGACCAGAUGCUGACUUGCAAGGCUUACAUCUAUUAAUUCGGGCAUCGCUGACGAAAUUUGGAAGAGAGAUUAAUCUACAAGAUCAAGCAAAAAUUCCCAAUAUCUAAAAUACUGGACAAAACCCUGGGCUCAGGCUGCAACAAACACACAACUAACAGAAGUAAAAUGGCUAUCUGGAACCAUUGUUCUGCCUGGAAUUCCAAUUUACACGUCCACUUUAAAAGAACAAUUAACUGAAACAUGCUGUAGCCCAAGAAAGCUCCAACACCUCGAACUACUUGGAACAGACAGUGUGGAGCCGACAGAGAAACUGGGCAUUCACCUUCAAUAGAAAUCCAUUCACAUAUACCCUUAACAAUCAGAAAACCAAUUGACUUCAAAAAGAAAUACUAGAAACACAUAUCAGCACGGAUUUGAGGGGAGACAAUGGUGCACGCAGUCUGUAUAACUGCCAGCCUCAGUCUCACUUGGGAGAGCCUUUUUUUAAAUUCAACAACAUGCUUCUGCACAGGUUCCCCACAGGCUUCCAUCUCUAACAGCAGCCUUGGAACCAAGAACACAGAGGCCGAACAGAGAAACUGAAUCGUGAAGCCAAACCAAGAACAUCAUUGGGACAAAGGUCAUCUGAGAGGGAGGAAGCCAACCAACUGCUAUCCAAAUAAAAGCUUUCAGACACAGGCCUGUUCUGAACCAAUACAUGUGACGGCGAGAACCGACAGUAAGAACCCCAACAACCAGGUGCACUUUAAAACCGUGUUUUCCCCAGUGACGAGCUGAAAAUCUCAAAAGCCAAGAGUUCUAAGCCAUCUAGCAGGAAGGUUAAGGCUGGUGGCUACGGUGCAUGAGGCCCCCAAGGCUGCCGAAUGAGUUAGACUGACUGGUUCAUGGACUGAGAUUUACACACCCCUUGUUCUAACUGGUACUGUUCACCUAAUGGGACAACAUCCUCUUAUUAAUGAGGCUGGAAUCAAUUACUUGUCUAUCCUUGGGAAUCCUCUCAUCAAAGGGUCUUGGAUUGUUGCUUGUAGCCUCCUGUUCAUCUUGAAGUCGCCCUGUUCAAAGGUAACUAAGUUGGGUGCUGCAACUCAAGUCAAAAUGUUAUCUUCAUCAAGUAGGAUUUCAGCAUUUGAAACUAGACACCCUUUGGAAACAGAUGUUCAAGAAACUGGGAUAGAUCCAUUGCAAAAUGAAUUUGUGAAAGAUGACAGUGGUGAGAAUAAUGAAAACCAGGAAAUAAAAAUGCUUUCAGAAUCGGACAGUGGAAAAUACAGCUCUUACAGCAAAGAAUGGGAAGAUCUAUUUGGACACAGUAAUUAUUUUGCAAGAAUAAGACUGAAAGGAAUUAAUGGUCAGCUGAGAAGCAGCAGAUUCCGCAGUGUUUGUUGGAAGCUGUUCUUGGAUGUUCUGCCUGAGGACAAAAAGCAGUGGCUUAAUAAGAUAACGGAAUUAAGAUCCCACUAUGAACGGAUAAAAGAAAUUCAUAUCACAAAUCCUCGGAAAGCUGCUGGACAGCAAGAUCUGGUUGUCAACAACCCACUUUCACAGGAUGAGGGGAGUCUUUGGAACAAGUUUUUUCAGGAUAAAGAACUUCGAGCAAUGAUUCACCAAGAUGUAACUAGAACGUUUCCUGAAAUGCAGUAUUUCCAACAGGAAAGUGUGAGGCAGAUCUUGACAGAUAUCCUGUUUUGUUAUGCGAGGGAAAAUGAGCAGCUGCUUUACAAGCAGGGCAUGCAUGAACUUCUGGCUCCUCUUGUUUUUAUCCUACACUGUGAUCAUCAAGCCUUCUCACAUGCUCGUGAAGCAUCAAAUCCAAGUGAGGAAAUGAAAGCUCUCCUCAACCCUCAGUUCUUGGAACAUGAUGCUUAUGCAAUGUUCUCUCAACUCAUGGAUACUGCAGAACCAUGGUUUUCAAGUUUUGAAAGAGAAAUAAGAAAGGGAAAAGAAGAGAUGGUUACAGCUGUACCAUUUGCAAGACCUCAGGACAUGGGGCCAUCACUUGCUAUAGUUUCCAAAGUAAAUCGCAUUCAAGACCAGUUGUUAAAGAAAUAUGACACAGAGCUGUAUAUGCAUCUUAACCGACUGGAAAUAGCGCCUCAGAUUUAUGGAAUUCGUUGGGUCAGACUUCUGUUUGGACGAGAAUUUCCACUUCAGGAUCUCUUGGUGAUGUGGGAUACUUUGUUUGCUGACAGUGUUACCCUGGAUUUAGUUGACUAUGUUUUUGUUGCAAUGCUGUUAUUCAUAAGAGAUGUUUUGAUUGCGAGUAAUUAUCAAACCUGCCUUGGAUUGCUUCUCCAUUAUCCAUCUGUAGAUGACGUACAUUCCUUAAUUCAGAAAGCACUCUUUUUACGGGAUCCAAAGAACAACCCAAGACCUGUGAAUUACCAGUUCCAACAGAAUCUAGAUUAUUACAGGGCACGUGGUGCAGAAAUCGUAAAUAAGACACGCACUGGAACAAAGGCUGCUCCCCUGAACAUCAAUAAAGUGUCCAGUAGCCUAAUGAGCCUUGGACGGAAACUAAUUAAUCCAGCUAUUUUAGUUGGUGGCACUAGUGGUUUUCCAGUUGGAAUGAACUACAGCAGCAAUCCUGCAACCCACCCAUCCUCCCACAAAGCCAUGGUAGAACAUACCCAACAACAACAGCAACAGCAACAACGAAUGAUGAAGUCUGAAAGCAUGCCUGUGCAGCUCAGCAAAGGACAGAUAGUUACAGGAGAUGAUGCUAAGGCUUGUACCCAUAUCAAGACAAUUUCUGAGCUCCCAGGUCAUGGUGCCACUCAUGUUAGUUCCUCGCCAAGUACUGAAAGUUUGUCUACUGCAAAAGACAACACAGCAUCGCCUCCCUUUUCGACUGCAAAAAAAGAUUCAUUCUUUAAUACAAUCUCUCGUUCACGGUCUCACAGCAAAUCAAUGGGUGGACGAAAAGAUAUGGAGGAUGAAUUGGAGGCACAGGUCUCAUUUCUUCAAGGACAACUAAAUGAUCUUGAGGCAAUGUGCAAGUUUUGUGCUAAGAUGAUGAAUGUGCAUAUAUGUAAAAUACAAGAAGUAAUUCUAAAGGAAAACGUUCAAAAGGAAGAUGAAGUCCUGGUAUCAUUGGCUGGACUCAAGCAGAUUAAAGAUAUUCUGAAAGGAUCACUGCGGUUUAACCAGAGCCAGCUAGAAGCGGAGGAAAAUGAAGAGAUUACUAUAGCGGAUAACCAUUACUGUUCCAAUAAUCGAGGAGAAGGUGCAGAAGGAGAGAGCAAAAAGCUGUUGAAUACCGACAGGGAGAUGCUAGUUACCAUGAAAACGGAAGAGGCCACAUCGCUAACUUCCUUGAAUUCAGAAGGUAGAAAUUCAGAUGACUGCAUUUUGGUUUCUAAAGACGAUGAUGAUUUAGUGCAUGAGCAUCCCUCAGGAAAAUUGGAAGCAACAGGAACAGCAAAGAAACAUCAAAUUUCUCAGAAGUCUACCACCACUGAAGUAAUUAGAAAACAAGCACAGCAGUCCCCAGUGUUUUCUGACCCUCUGACUGGUGGAGUUCUAGAGUCACCAUCCAGCAACUCAGGAUCCAGUCCAGAUGAUGACAGCAGCAACAGCAAAGAUUCUGAUUUCACCAUCGUCAGCCCAUUGGACAUCUGAAUUUCUUUCUUUCCGGCGUUGGCCUCCAUGUUGUUAGAAAACCUAUUACCUGCUCGCUAAUGAAAUUCUGUAUGGAUUGCUUGACAAGUGCGGCACUCCUCCAAGUCUGAAAAUUAAAUAAACUUUAAUGAGGCUCCUUAUGAAUGGCCUUGUGAUUUAAUGUAUAUUGGAUUAUAAUUAAAAUGAUGGACCUUGGUUAGUUAAAAUGAAUUUACAUUUAGUGACCAUGUCACAUCCACGCCAGCUAUUUAAAUCUUUAAGUCUGAACUGACCACAUAUUCUAAGCAGAUUCUGGGAAUACACAACUCGACACCAGUUCCACAUGACCCAAGAUCAUGGAGUGCACUCUGAUCUGGUUCCAAUGAAAUUUGGUUCCAGCUGCUAUUCAGUAGCCCACUACCAGUGACCUCUAAUACUUGGGCAUAUUUUCCUUUCUACCAAGUUUCUCAGGAAAACUGUAAAAUCCAGGAACUAUUCAAAAAUGAAUGGGGUCAAGCGUAUGCACUGUAGCCACAGUGUGAGGUCUUUGCAUAAAGUCUCUUAGUUCUGCCCUACUACCAGUCAAAAAAAGGAAACUGACAUCCUAUCAACCAUUGACACUUGCCCUCUAACACAGACUUGUCCAUUAUAUUUGUCACCACAAGGCAGCUCAGAUCAUAUGGCUUGUUAUUUGACAGUCACAGCUUUUAAUAGGUCAUUUAUUGGAGAUGAAUUUCAUGAAGCAGGGAUGUAUCAUCAUCCGACUUACAGCCCUCUAACACAAGUAGUUCUAAGUGCAUAACCAUUUUAGCACAGUAACUUUAGAAUGUAAUUUUACUGAAUUGGUUUCCUCUUGUAAAUUAAAUGUUGUUGUGAUGAUUAUGAAUAACAAUAUCAGUACAGGAAUUUGUCUGGAAGCCAGAGCACAAAAUCAUUUUUUUUCUUUUUGAGGGGUCCUCUGAGAUUUCCUCAGGGCUACUUGUUUUCAGAGACUCCUUAGAACUACAGAGAGGCAGACUAGAGAAAGUUCACCUCUGUCGUUAUUUUUGUGGCUGCCAGGAACAUUUGACUGUGCCUCCCAUUUAUUUUGAGCACACCUCAAAGGAUAUGCCUGCUUGAGUGCACUUCAUCCUCUUUUCUCUAACAGGCAGCAGUGGAGAGCCUUGCAUCAUUCCUGUAGUGCAGGGCUGACUUGAAUUAAUUGUAAUCAGUUGACAGUUCUCUAUUAUUGGGAAUCCUACGCAGGUUACACCCUCUGAUGAAGGGUCUAGGCCCGAAACGUCAGUUUUUGUGCUCCGGAGAUGCUGCUUGGCCUGCUGUGUUCAUCCAGCUUCACACUUUGUUAUCUCAGGUUACACCCUGUCUGCUUCUCCCAGCUCCCCCAGCCCAUCAUUUCUGUUUCAGUUGGUACAGCUAAACUCCCUUUAUGAUUUUAAAGGCUGAAAUUGGUGAAAGUAUUUUGAAUUAUAAAGAUAUUUAGGUGUAAGGAAGGUAUUCAUUAAACUGGCAUCUUCUACUCUGUUUCCAGUUUCUGAAAUUUCUAAUUCCUACUUGAUGUGGAAGUGAUGUGGUUACUGACAUGUAUUACUGGAAGACAGGAUUCUUUUAUUCACUCUAAUUAUCCCAUAGUAAUGGAAAUGCAAUAAAUACUUUGUAUCUGGUAAUGAUUAACCAAAUGAGCUUGAACUAAUGCUAUUUUAUUCAUCUCCAAUUUGAUUUGGUGUUUUUUUUGUGGCUUUGUUACCUUUAUGCUAAUUGCUGUUUGAUUGUAUCAGCAAUAUUGCACUGAAAUGUGUUUACAUUGUGCUUCCAAUUUUACAUUAUGGAAAUGGUGUCUUUUUAUUCAGCUGCUCUAUCUCAUGUAUGUGCCCAUUCCUAGGAGCAUUUUGCAAAACUAGGCACUGAGAAUUUCAUGAAAUGCAAGUCAAUAUUGCUGAGUAAUUAGUUAAAAAUGUAGUUGCCUGAAUAUUUUAUACUGUUUCUACUAUAAGAAUCAGCUACCAAAUAAUUGCAGUAACAUGUCAACUCAUUUAACAAUGUGUACAUACAAGUUACUUUGCUGGAAUGUUUAAUUUUGUAUAUCGUUUAUGUACAAUGUCUGGCGUAUAACUAAGAAAAAUCACUGGAAGGUAUCAUACCAAUAUUUGUUGGAGUGAUUUAAGUUUUCAAUAUAAGAUCUCAAAUGUUAAGUGAACCACCCACAGAAUUCUUAGAAUGUGUACUGAAUGCUAUAACCAAAUUGUGUUUUUUGCGAUACUGGUCUGU